UUUUCGCGUCCUCGUUUCCAAGAUGACAAAGAAAAGAAGGAACAACGGUCGUGCCAAAAAGGGCCGUGGCCAUGUGCAGCCUAUUCGCUGCACGAACUGCGCCCGAUGCGUGCCUACAGACAAGGCCAUAAAGAAGUUUGUCAUUCGGAACAUAGUGGAGGCUGCAGCUGUCAGGGACAUAUCUGAAGCGAGUGUCUUCGAUGCCUAUGUGCUUCCCAAGCUGUAUGUGAAGCUACAUUACUGUGUGAGUUGUGCCAUUCACAGCAAGGUAGUCAGGAAUCGUUCUCGGGAAGCCCGCAAGGACCGAACACCCCCACCCAGAUUUAGACCUGCAGGUGGUGCCCCAAGACCUCCACCAAAGCCUAUGUAAGGAGUUGAGUCCUUGAGGACUGAAGAAAAACUAUCCGUUGGAAAAAAAUAAAAUGGAGAUUAUACUUAA